GCACUGCAAUCAUGGUCCGCAGUGUGAAGAGAAAGGCCGCGAGGAUGAGCUCCGCCACGGGAAGCAAUCGAGCAAGCGCUGCGUUGAUUGACGAGACGGAUCAUUCGGACGGAGAAGCUCGAAAUUCAUCGACUCUGUCGGAGCACCCGACUCCAGGCAAGGACAAACCGCAAACGAUGAUUGAGUACCUCGAAGCGCAACGAAACCUAGCUUUGCAUAAUCUGCAGACCCAACGUGACAAAGCGCUUGCCCAAUUCCGAGAAGAAGCAGCCCAAGCCAAGAAAAAAAUCUUCGACAGUUUAGCCGAGGGUAAAGAGGAAGCACCUAGUGCGGACUCGUCGUCGUUGUCACACGAGCCACCGCUUCCAUCCGCCGUCAAGGACGAAACACAGCUCCAACAUCAAACCACUUCUCCAGCUGCUGCAUCGUCAUCCAAGCCCCAGCGCACCUAUGGUGAAAAGAAAACCAUUCAUAUUGCCUGCACCAGCGGCGUCUACUCUGGCCAACACUUCACGUUGGUUCUAUCCACGGACGUUAACCGCGUGUGCCACAUUGGUAGAUCUUCGGGCAAGAAGUAUAAGGCCCCGCUUGGCCUGAGCUUGCCGAAAGAUCCAGAGAUCUCCACCACCCACGCUGAAAUGCGAUGGAGCAGUGAGAACGACCACAUUUACCUCGCCGAUCAAAACAGUACCAACGGCACCAAGCUCAACGGCCGCAACCUGAAAGCGCGAGUGCCGGUGCGGCUGGACUUUGCCAAACCCAUCCACGUGGGUUUUGGAGGAUGCGAGUUCACCAUGACCAUGUAACGAAGCACGGUCGUAUUUGCUGCAAAACACAAGGUGUAAACAUGUAUUCAUAUAAACACACCACCACUCCAUGAUCAUCCUAAUGAGAGAGCUCCUAAUCCGA